AUGACGUGGAAAAGCUCGACCAAUUCGGUUUGUGUUGGAUGCCUUAUUGAAGUGGUAGGACGCAAGUUCAAGGUGAACCUCAUUUGCUUGUCGUUUGAGGGACUAGAUGUGAUACUAAGGAUGGAGUGGCUGUCAAACAAUCACGUUGUAAUUGAAUGUGAGCGGCACAAUGUGGUAUUCCCGGAAGUUGAAUGGUUGGCACUGAUAUUUACCCGAGAGGCCCUAAAGGAGAUGACAAAAGGAGCUACUUGCUUCAUGAUAGUGGUUCAAGUAGAGAAGAAGAGUACAGUUGACCAGAUCCAGAGUAUACCAGUAGUUGAGGAAUAUGCUGAUGUAUUCCCAAAUGAAGUCCCCAAAUUACCGUCGAGCAAGGAUAUAGAUUUCACUAUUAAUCUAAUCCCUAGAGCCAAGUCAAUAUCUGUCACACCAUUUAGGAUGGCAUCGAGAAAAUUAGCAGAGUGGAAGAAGCACAAGAUUUUCUAG